AUGUCUGCUACAUUGGGUACUUUUAAAAUACCAGAAAUUCUUAAUGAACCAAUGAAAAACUAUGAAAUUGGUAGUAAUGAUCGAAUUAAACUUCUUGAUGCUUUAAAAGAAUUAAGAGCUCAAGCUCCAAUAGACAUUCCUGUUUUAGUGAAUGGUAAAAAGUAUUAUACUGGUAAAAUACAAGAACAAAGAAUUCCAUCAGACCAUGCAGUUGUACUAGCAAAAGCUCAUGAAGCUGAUCCAAAUAUCAUAAAUGAAGCAAUCGAGGGAGCACUGAUAGCUAAAAAAAAUUGGGAAACUUUACCAUUUAGCGAUAGAUCUGCUAUAUUCUUAAAAGCUGCUGAUUUAGUUGCUAAUAAAUAUCGGUUUAAAUUGAUGGCUGCCACAAUGCUUGGUCAGGCAGAAAUAGACGCUUCUGCGGAACUAGUAGACUUUUGGAAAUUUAAUUGUCAAUAUGCGCAGGAUAUAUAUCAACAACAACCGCCUAGAAAUGCAUCUGGAACUUGGAACAGAGUUGAGUAUCGACCACUGGAAGGAUUUGUUUAUGCAAUCACACCAUUCAAUUUCACAGCAAUUGGUGGUAAUUUACCAGGAGCACCAGCUCUAAUGGGUAAUGUUGUACUCUUGAAACCUUCACCUUUUGCCACUCUAUCAAAUUGGAUAGUUUUGGAAAUACUCAGAGAAGCAGGACUUCCAGAUGGUGUGAUACAAUGGAUUCCUGGUCCAGCUGUCGAGAUCACUCAACAAAUAUUGAAGUCACCUGAAUUUGCAUCGUUACAUUUCACUGGAUCAACUUCUGUAUUUAAACAGUUGUGGAAAGAUAUUGGUAAUAAUAUUGAUAUUUAUAAAUCAUAUCCAAGAAUUGUUGGCGAGACUGGUGGGAAGAAUUAUCAUAUGGUACAUGAGUCUGCUGAUGUGUCGAAUGCUGUCAAUCAGACAAUUCGUGCUGCUUUUGAAUACUCAGGCCAAAAAUGUUCAGCUUGCUCUCGUGCUUACGUACCUGACUCAAUAUGGGAACAGUUUAGUAAAUUGUUAUUGCAACAAAUUAAUAAAAUUAAAGUUGGACCUGUUGAAGACUUUACCAACUUUAUGGGUGCUGUUAUCCAUAAAGGUUCUUUUGAAAAGAUUAAAAAUUAUAUUGAAUGGGCAAAACAAGAUCCAGACAGUAAUAUUAUAGCAGGUGGAACCUAUAAUGAUUCAAAAGGUUAUUUCAUUCAACCAACAGUAAUAGUCACCAAAAAUCCAAAAAGUCGAACUAUAGCUGAAGAAAUUUUUGGAUAUAAAUCAGAUGAAUUUGAAAAGACACUUGAUUUGGCAAAUGAAACAUCCGGUUAUGCAUUAACAGGAGCAAUUUUUGCACAAGAUCGUUCAGUAAUUGUGAAGGCAGAAAACAAAUUACGAUACGCAUCUGGUAAUUUCUAUAUUAAUGAUAAAUCUACUGGUGCUAUAGUAGGUCAACAACCUUUUGGUGGCGCACGUGCAUCUGGAACAAAUGAUAAAGCCGGAAGUCAUACUUUGUUGUAUCGAUUUCUUUCAAUGCGUACUAUCAAAGAAAAUUUCAUCAAUAUUGAAGAUUUUACUUACCCAUCAAAUCUUACUUGA